AUGUAUUACCGAAUCAAUGAGUUCCGGCCGACAAAAGACCGGCCAUUCGUUCUUGGCCUACCCACAGGCUCGAGCCCCGAGCAAAUCUAUGCAAACAUCGUGGAUAUGUACAGAAGUGGCAAAGUUAGUUUUAAAAAUGUUGUGACUUUCAAUAUGGAUGAAUAUGUUGGUAUCCCAACAUCACACCCUCAGUCAUACCACUCGUUCAUGUUCAAGCAUCUAUUCCAGCACGUGGAUAUACCGCCUAACCAAAUUCAUUUGCCGUCUUUGGAGAACUAUGGCGAGUAUGAUAACAUGAUCGCUAAACACGGUGGCAUCGAGUUGUUCCUUUGCGGGGUCGGCUCGGAUGGCCAUAUCGCGUUUAACGAGCCGGGGUCGUCGUUGGCUUCGAAGACGAGGGUUAAGACAUUAACCAAUGAUACAAUUGUGGCAAACGCAAGGUUUUUUAAUGGGGAUAUUAAUGCUGUCCCCAAAAGUGCAGUAACUGUCGGUGUCAAAACGGUUCUGGAUGCCAGAGAGGUGAUAUUGAUUGCAGACGGUAGAGCGAAGGCAGAAGCUGUUAGGCAAGCUGUGGAAGGGAGCAUAAGCCAUGUCUGGACCGUGACUGCUCUGCAGAUGCAUCCAAAGUUCAUCAUGGCCGUAGAUGAAGCUGCAACAGAGGAGCUGCGGGUAAAAACUGUCAAGUAUUUCAAGGAUAUUGAGGGGACACCCGCUAGGAUAGGAAAACUCGGGCCUAAGCUAUAA